CCAUUCUUCCUCACUCAUAUCUGUACUCAAUUUCUUCUCGGGUUUUGGAUUUAGAUCGUUGUUCUUCCAAUUUUCGACUCCAUGGACGCCGCCUCUUCCUCUCUCGCCCUCUCCAAUAUCAAGCUUCACGGUUCCACCAAUACCCUCAAUUCGGAUCAAAGAAUUUCAUCGUUAUGCUCUUUGCCGAAAUCUCGCGUGACUUUCUCUUGCAAAACGUCUGGAAAUCUGCAAGUUCGUGAUAGGUCUACAGGAUUAGUGGUUUCUUGUUCUAGCUCCAAUGGUGACAGAGAUGUAAUUCAGGGGUUACAUCUUUCUGGCCCCAUUGAGAAGAAAAGCCGUCUGGGGCAAGCAUGUUGCUCAGUAGGAACUUUCACCGUUGGUGAAUUUGCUUUAGAAUCUCAAUCUCAGGCAGUGGAUGACAAGGUGGGAGUUCUGCUCUUGAAUCUUGGAGGGCCGGAAACGCUUGAUGAUGUCCAACCAUUUCUGUACAAUCUAUUUGCAGAUCCGGAUAUUAUCCGACUCCCAAGGUUGUUCCGUUUCCUCCAAGAGCCAUUGGCAAAAUUAAUAUCUACAUACCGUGCUCCCAAAAGCAAAGAAGGGUAUGCUUCAAUAGGAGGUGGCUCACCUUUGCGUAAAAUCACAGAUGAACAGGCACAAGCGCUUAAAAUGGCUUUGGAGGAGAAAAACAUGUCUACUAAUGUCUAUGUGGGAAUGCGCUAUUGGUACCCUUUCACAGAGGAAGCAAUUCAGCAAAUUAAGAGGGAUGGGAUAACAAGACUUGUGGUGCUGCCAUUGUAUCCACAGUACUCUAUUUCUACAACUGGGUCUAGUAUUCGUGUUCUCCAGAAGAUGUUCAGGGAAGAUGCAUAUCUCUCAUCGUUGCCUGUUUCAAUUAUAAAGUCCUGGUACCAGCGGGAAGGGUAUAUUAAGUCAAUGGCUGACUUGAUGCAGGCAGAGCUGAAGAAUUUUGCCAAUCCUCAAGAGGUCAUGAUUUUCUUUAGUGCACAUGGGGUUCCCGUCAGUUAUGUUGAGAAUGCUGGAGAUCCAUACAAAGAUCAAAUGGAAGAGUGCAUCUGCCUAAUCAUGCAAGAGCUGAAAGCCAGAGGAAUUGGGAAUGAGCAUACUCUUGCAUACCAGAGCCGUGUUGGACCUGUACAAUGGCUUAAGCCAUACACAGAUGAAGUUCUUGUUGAGCUUGGCCAGAAGGGUAUUAAGAGUCUCCUAGCCGUUCCCGUGAGCUUUGUGAGUGAGCACAUUGAGACUCUCGAGGAGAUAGAUAUGGAGUAUAAGCACUUGGCACUUGAAUCUGGAAUCCAAAACUGGGGCCGUGUGCCUGCCCUCAAUUGCAAUUCUUCAUUCAUUUCAGAUUUGGCUGAUGCAGUAAUUGAAGCCCUUCCAUCCGCAACGGCAUUGGCACCCCACACAAGUUCAACAGAUGCAGAUGACCACGAUCCCUUCCUAUAUGCUAUCAAAUUGUUAUUUGGUUCGGUCCUUGCGUUCAUCUUGUUACUUUCACCCAAAGCAUUCAUGGCUUUUAGGAAUAAUUUUUUAAACUAUACAAGAAUCGGAUACAGCGGGGAGAGAUCCGAAUUUUUUUGGGUUAGACUUAUAUUUACCUGAGAAAAGAAAUAGAAGUUCACCUGCCAUACACAUUUUUCCGUUUUUCCAAGUGUACUUCUGUAUUUAUAUUCACUAUAACAAUGUAUCACACAUGGAAGUAAAGGAUUCAG